UAGUAUAGGCACUCGGUUGUGACAGCUUGUGGUUUCACAGCCGGGUACCCACUGCGCAUGCGUGAGAAGUGCUGCGCUUUGUGAAUGGUCCGGCCGUCUUCUGGGACCUGUCUGCAGUCUCUGGUCAUCUCCUGUACUAUGUCUGCAGUCUCUGGUCAUCUCCUGAAGUAUGUCCGCAGUCUUUAGUCAUAUCCUGUACUAUGUCCGCAGUCUCUGGUCAUCUCCUGUACUAUGUCCACAGUCUCUGGUCAUCUCCUGUACUUUGCCUGCAGUCUCUGCUCAUCGCCUGAACUAUGUCCGCAGUCUCUGGUCAUCUCCUGUAUUAUGCCCGCAGUCUCUGGUCAUCUCCUGUACUAUGUCCGCAGUCACUGGUCAUCUCCUGUACUGUGUCCGCAGUCUCUGGUCAUCUCCUGUAUUAUGCCCGCAGUCUCUGGUCAUCUCCUGUACUAUGUCCGCAGGCUCUGGCCAUUUCCUGUGCUAUAUAUGCAGUCUCUGGUAAUUUCCUG